AUGGAGUCAAAGCUGAAGCCUCCUCAGGUCAAUCAAACCCCAUUAGCUUCCAGGACUCACAACGAGCUUCACAAAGAACUGCUCCUGGCCCACAAGAAGGGUCUGGCACUUAGCAGCAGGUCAGAACUUCAGCAGGUGCUGGAGAGGAGGAAGAGGGUCCAAAGUGACCAGGAAGAGGAGGGACAGGGCAGGACUCCUCUGGAAGAUGUGCUACUCAGACGUCAGCAGAAACAACUUGAGAGGGAGAAGGAACAGGAGGAGAAGGUACGAGAGGAGGCCCAGUUGAUGGAGUUUGUUAGAGUCCGACAGAACCUGAGAAAGAUCCACUCAGCCAUCCAGGGCCAGGCUGCAAACUCCUUAAGUGCAACAGAAGAACGUUUUUUAAAAUGAACUCAUAACUUAAAACCUACUCCCCUUCACUUCAAGUAAUGAGGAGCAUGCUGAAAGAUAAUAAGUAUUAUAGUUCAAUGAUAGAGAUUUUUUUAAACACACAAAUUCACAGAUACUUAUUGAAGGAGUGUUCUUUUAUAGCAAUGUGUAAAUUUAAUCUGCAUGUUUAUAGCCAAUACAACAGAUCACUAUAUCUUGACAGUAGUACAUGAGAAAGAUAAUCUGUGAAAUAAUCAGGUUCCUCUGGCUCCUCCUAGUGCACCUAAUGGCAUUUACAAGAAUCUACCGAGCCUGAAUGAAAAUCAGAUCAGAGCUCAGAAUGAUACUUGAUUGUUCAGUCUCAUUCCCAAACAGAUUAUCUGUCUCAUGUACUACUGUCAGGAAAUAUUCUUAUAUAAGGUUACCUACUGCAGCUUUAACCAAAUGGGCAGUUCAGGGUUAGGGUUAAGGUUACUGUGGGCAAAUGAAAACCAAGAAAAAUAUAAUGCUGCAGCAAGCACAGGUUUGGACAUGUGACCACGCUGACCAGAACAGUGCAGGAGAAGAAGUAAUUUAGGGACUGAAGAUUUGGAGAAACAGAAACCAAAUGGAGACUGAUGCCCUGGCUGUUUGUUUGCAGAGCACUGGGAGAAAUAUAUUGUAAUUGCAUGAGUUCUGCACAGGUUCAAAAACAGUUUUCCUGCUGUAUCUGUAUAUUUGUUAAGAAAAUUAAAUGUCCUAGUUUGAUCCAUUUAUAUUUUUUAGCAUUUAUCAGAGAAAUGAGCUUUGUUGGAAGUAGAUCUUUUCUACAUGGAUCUCCCCUUUCUAAUGCCUGCUUUGAUAAUCCAUUAAACAUCAGCAGUUAAAAAGUAACUUGAGAAGAAUACUUUGAAACAAUUACCCACAUUGGUUUGGUGUGGAAGACUGUGGAAAGACUGUUUUGGAGUUUGUUUUUUUUUUUCUGUUGCAUUGUUUUGGUUUGAGAUGCUGGUGCUCUGGUGAAAUCCAGUGGUUAUUUCAUACAGUGCAUCCGGAAAGUAUUCACAGUGCUUCACAUUUUGUUAUUUUACAGCCUUAUUCCAAAAUGGAUCAAAUUCAUUCAUUUUUGCGAAUUUAUUAAAAAUAAACACCAAAAAAAUCACAUGUACUUAAGUAUUCGCAGCCUUUGCCAUGACACUCAAAAUUGAGCUGAGGUGCAUCCUGUUUUCACUGAUCAUCUUCUCGAUGUUUCUACAACUUGG